UCAUAAACAAAAUUUUCAAAGUUGUAAUUUCAAGCGAUGUCUUCAAAAGAUACAAAAGGUCUACUGAAAGAAGCUCGGGAAGCCGUUAGGAAUAAAAAGUUUUCAGAUGCUAUAAAAUUAUGCAGCAAAAUUCUUAAAGAAGAUAAUAAUCACUAUAUGGCUCUACUUCUGAUGGGAGCUUGUUAUCAGGAUACAGACAAGGGGCAAGCGACAGCUUUUUUGAAACGAGCUUUGGCGUGUAGCCAUGAUCCUACUGUUCCCCUACAAGGAUUGGCCAAUUGCGUCGAAAAACAGGAGCUGCCAGCUAUAUACCAGCAACUGCUUUCACUCACACCAGAUAAAUAUCUUGAGCUACACGCUAAACUUCUUAAGAUUGCAUGUGACGGAGAACAAAUCGACUCAAUUGUUAAAAUUUUUGCAAAUGAGGCUGAAUUAAAGUCAUGUGAUGAACGGGUUCAAUCUGCAUAUAAAUGCCUGGCAACGAUUUUUAAAGAUGAAAAAUUUGAACAAAUAUAUGGAAAACUUGUGGAACAAACACUCGAAUACGAAAUAAAAAAUCAUGAUGAUCCAUUUUUAAAUCAAAAGUUUAAACGAUAUCUAAAACUACUAUUUCAUAUGAAGAUGUAUGAAAAACUCGUCGAAAAAGCAUCAGAUAUGCACAACAUAUUUAGAAACGAUAUCACUCCUUUAGAAUGGAUUUGCCAUAUAUAUGUAGAGCGUUACUUAGAAAAAAGCAAACUUUCAGUUUUGCUGCCGAAACCAUUGGAAACAUAUUUCAGAAUGGCAGUAGAAAUGAAUCAUUCCUCGGCGUUUGCACUUGCAGCUAUGGGUAUUUUCCACUAUAAUGAAGGUGAAAUCCAAAAAGCCAUUGAAUUACUACGUAAUGCAGAAUCUGCUCGACCAAACUGGCCAUCUUGCCUUAAGGUUCUUGCGGAAAUAUUUUUCCAACAAAAGUCUUAUGGGCUUGCCGAAAGCAUUUAUCGUCGAUUGAAACUGGUUAAUUUAAAUUUGUUUAUUGCGCUCAUAGAAGAUGGCAGUGUUGAGAAGCUUAAAGAGGCUUUGACUUACUGGACUGACAAAUUCCAUGAAGAAGCUAAUCCUACCGUAGCAUUCUAUAGCACCAAAUUACAAUUACUUCUAGAGAAUAAUUACAAUAUCGAUGAAGAGUUAGAAAGAUUGAAUCAGCAAGGAGUUUCUGAUAGUCAAUUGAUAUAUUUACAAGCGUUACAAUAUAAAAAGAAAAAUAAUAUAUUAAAAGCAAUAGAACUGCUUAAGGAACACGACGAUAACUUUGACUGCCUCUUAGAACUCUCUAUAUUAUACUUUGAAACCCAAAAUAUGGAACAAAGUUUUAUGUGUGCAUUGAAAGCUACAAAACUUCAACCAUCUUCGGCUAACUGUUUUCAUCAACUAGGAAAAAUUUAUUUGCACAAUUCCGAUAUGGCUAGGGCAAGAAAAUGUUUGGAAAAAUGUAUUUCACUAAACCCAUCUCAUAAGGAAGCAAUCAUACUGCUUAGCACGCUAUACCGCAAUCUGUCUGAUUGGGACUCUAAUUCAAAAUUAUUGAAUAAUUCUAUAAACCUUGCUAACGGACCUGGUUCGACAUGGGCGCAUCUUCAGUUGGCCUUGCAUUAUCUAGGGCAGCAGCAAUAUGACGAAGCCAUUGCAGCUUUCCGCAGUGUUAUUAGAUAUGACGUAAAUAACAUUGCCAGUUGGGAGGGUUUGGCCGACGCAUACAUGGGUAGAGGAUCCUUCAACUCUGCCAUGAGGGUGUUUGAAAAGACGGCUGAACUUAGUCCAGAUAAUCUCUAUCCGUUAUUGCAACUAGCAAACAUAAAAAAUAUCCUGAAGCAAAAUAACGAGGCAUUGGAGUUGUUUGGCAAACUAUUGAAAAACAAUAACGAUUAUUUUCCCGCAGUAAAAGGAAUUGCUGAAUCGCAUGUUGGUCUGUGCUAUUCUUACCUUGAUCAACGAUUAAUUGGGAAAAGUCACGAACAUGCACAGCACGCUGUUUGUUAUUUCACAAGAGCCAUAAAAAUGAAAUCGAAAUUCACCUGCCUUUGGAAACAACUGGGUGACGUUUUAGACACAGUCGCGAGUUUUCCAAAAUCCAAAUCAAAGUUGCUAGUGGAGGCGGCUUUAGCCGGAAUGUCAGUAGUUCAACAAAGCCUUGUAAUGGUAGAAGGAACAAAACUAUCUGAACUCGCUGGUCGUUGUUUUUGUCGAGCUGUACAGUUACGUCCCGAUGACAGUUUACUCUGGUAUGAAUUGGCUGCAAAUUUCUAUAGGCGAGGAUUGCGGUUUAGCACAGAUAGUGAAGAUUGUUUCAACAAACUUUCAUCGGCAAUAGCAGCUGCGAAGCAGGCGAUAAAGCUAGAGCCCAAUCGUUGGCAAAAUUGGAAUCUAUUGGGCGUAAUAAAUGCAACCAAGCAGAUUAAUAAUUUAGCUCUGGCCCAGCAUUGUUUUAUUGAAGCAAUUUCAUUGGACAAAAAAACUGCAUCGGUGGGGUGGUCGAAUCUUGGUAUCCUAUAUUUGUUACAAGGAUCCACCAGUUUAGCAAAUAAAGCCUUUGGAAGAGCUCAACAAAUAGAUACAACAUAUAUAAAUGCUUGGAUAGGCCAAGCAAUAAUUGCCGAACAGAUGGGACAGGUUGACGAAGCAAUAGACCUGUUUAGACAUUGUAGUCAAUUGGGAUAUCAUCCAGAAUCAUCACUGGGGUAUGCUCAUUGGGUUUGCUCUGUAAUGCAAGACGCCGACUAUCGAAAAAAAAAAAGGUAUCUUUUUGCUAUUGAAAACUUGCACGCCCUGCCGGUUUCGCAUGAUGCUAUCACAUGGCAUUGCGCCGACAAAGAAGAUGAAGCUUCAGGAGAAGCCUUACGAUUUCUGGGAUAUAUUAGCUACAAACUUGCGUUGUGGAGAACCGCAGCAGAGGCAUACCAGAAAGCGUUGACUAAAACUAAUGGAAUUAACAAAGACAAGACUUUGUGUGAUCUUGGGUAUUGUUUAUUAAAACAAGAAAAAUAUCACGAUGCUGUAGAAUGUUUCCAGCAAUUGGGAGAGGCAACAUAUGAAGCCGCUGUUGGUAAAGCUUUAGCUUAUUUUAAAUCCGGUCAAUAUGAGGAGUCGUAUUCUGAGUAUGAAAGCACGCUAAACUGGUUAGCCAAUUCGGAUUUAGAAAAGGCUUAUGUGCUAAUAGCAAUGUCUGCAAUGGUAUACGCCUUUCAAGGAGAAUCUGAUGCAAAAACAAUUCUAUUUCAAUGUAUCACUUUGCCGGAACCGCCUAUACAUGCUUUUUUCUCGGCUUGUGCGUUAGGAUUAUUACAUAAAGAUAAUGUACUCACCGAGUUAGUUAUUAAAGAACUACGAAAAUACGAAGACGAUCCUAGGUAUGGGCAUCACGUAGUAUAUCUUGUGUCACAAUUUUACUGGGCCAAUAUGCGUAAAUCUUUCUCGCUUGCCUACCUGAUUUCUCAAGUACAUAAAUUCCCAGACCGACCAAAGCUUCGACAGAUUUUGGCAAUAUCGUUGCUAAAGAACCACAGAACUCCAAAAAAGAAUUUAUUUCUUGCGAGUAACAUCGCUGAAAGUGCUUUAAUAUUGGAUUUACACGACAAACACCGUAGUACGCAAAGCAACGAUGCAGCGAAAUGGUUGGCGGUAGCAAGCGAAGCAGUAAGGCCUGUCGAUGCCAAACGACGUAGGAUACUCGCUCAAAAGGCGGUACAUGUAGAUCCUUCUUGUAAGGAGGCUUGGAGCUCUUUGAUUAGAAUUCUGCAAUCAAAACCCUAAUAAAUUUAGCGCAUGUAAAAAGUUUUACACAGACUUCGCAGCCGGCUGUUAGAGUACAGGAAAAUUACGGGGCCAGUGCAACAAUCCUACUGACACUAACUAGCAAGCACCGCCUAGCCGAGAUUCGAACAUACGACGACUGGCUUGUUAGACCAGCAUCGUACCUCGAAGCUAGGCUGGGCAACCCUGUUUGUUGUGGACGGCUUUAUCUCCAAAUGGGCGAUUUGCAUAUUUCACUGCUGACUGAAGUUUUUGGAGCGUCUUAGUAGAAUACAGAACCUGGCAUUCAAUAAAAAGAAAACUAAUACAAUUCUGACUCAUCGCUUGUUCAAACACCAUUUAAGUGCUUUCUUUUUGCAGUUUGGAUCGCCUUAAGCCAUCUCGUAAACAGCAAUUGCUCUUGCUGUUUGCGAGUUGGUCUAAGGCGAUCCAGUGUCCAAGAUAUUUCUAAAACAGACACUGAGGAAGCCUGCAAGUCGUAGGCGAAAUACGUAUCUGGCAAGAAUAAAUAAACAUAGUAGAAAUGAAUUGGAUUAGUUUUCUUUUUAUUUAAUUCCAGAUAUUUUACUAUUUAUGUCUAUAGAUUAACUUUAUGAACACUUAGCUUAUUUAUAUACUAUUAGAUGAAGAUAAGAUCGAAAAUGCAGUAUGCGUUAAUCCUACUAAAAAUUUCAGCGUUAACUCGCUCUGUCUCAUGGUAGCAUAGGUGAUCCAUGAUUUAUUAUACAAAAACCAGCAGAUGAAAUGUUUAAAACAUUUGAAUAUAAAUAUUUCUAAUUCAAAACAUAGUGGAAACAUUGUUCUAAAAGUAUAGUAUAGUAAAGUAUAGUUCUGCUUAAAGAAUUCCUCCAUAAUUACAUUUGUAGAUGACUAAAAACUGCAAACCAAUUGUACAGCUUUGGGACAGAGAGUGUUAAGGGGAAACCGAAAGUGGCUCAAAGAUGGCUGGGUAAAUGGCUACCAUUCGAAGCAUGUAUUGUUUUGCACCUUAAAAAUGCAUCUGUAUUGGCACUGCCAAUUUGGCAGAGUACGCUUUCGCCACGUAAUCAGUGCUUCCAGCGCUGUUAUAAUUUCCUAAAACUUGUAAUUCAAGUUAUCGAUCUGCUAUGUAUCAAUAAACGCUCAGCAAAACAUAAUUGCUAAUGGAAAAUAAAUUUAACUGAUCAUAUCGAUCAUUACGUGUUCAUAAAAGCGACCAAUGUAUAAUUUGGAAUUAGUUAAUAGAUAUUUGGUUGCGCACAUAUUUCGUUGAACUAGCGAUUUCCGAAAAAGCAGCAACACAGUAUCAAACUUUCGUCACAUCAAUGAGCUUUUAAAGAGCUUUCAACUUUCGCCGCAUCGAUGAGCUUAGAGUGAGGUAAACAAACAAAACGCAAACGCAGGAAUCAAAAACGCAAUCCGAUGCAAGCGGAUUAAUUAAACAUCCUAGUGAUCCUACGCAUUAUUCAGUUGCUGCUGUUAAUUUUGAUUGAAUCGGAAUGCCUUGAUAAAGAAAACAAACCCUUUUUCGGGAUGUUUGUAGUCAGUGCGGUUGGCUGCGGAUCGGCUGUUUAUGUUUGCAAGCUCCGCUAUUUGACAUAUAUUACCAAUACUAAUGCAAUAUUCAAAUAAACGUUUAGGUUUUUAACGAACACAUGAGCUGUAGAGUACAGUGUUUGUCGCACUAACACAAUAACGUUAGCCACUUUCGGUUCCGCCUUAAAUAAAUUAAACCCUAAGUUCUGCGCACGUAAGGUAAUAACAUACUGAACAAUUAUAAUAAUGAAAAAUGUGUUUAUUUAUUUGUUUCUUCGGUAGUUUAUGCAUUAUCGCAGGACAAGAUACUGUAAAACUAAGGUCGGCGGUUUUACCCCGGCGAGCGAGUUUGCCCCAUCUAUCCUUAAUUAUAAUUUCGUUUAUAAGUUUAAAAUGAAUUGUAAGUCUUAUUGUGCUUCGAAGUGUUAUCUGUUUUUUUUUU